GUGUCACACAGCGUUGAAUCAGUGCGAUAGUGAUUGUUGACAGACAAACACACAUCUGUGCCACUAUGUCUAAAGACGACGCGUCUGUACACGUGCUGAGGAAAGUGGUGGUCGAUGUGUUCAUGUUGGCCGGAUUGACAGCAUGUAUAUUCAUAACAAAUUUCCUCUGGAUGCCGUUCCAACGGGGCUUCUUCUGUGGAGACGAGACCCUCAUGUUUCCUUACAGGGAGGACACUGUGACUGUGCUCAUGCUGAGGGUGUUUGGACUUGGACUACCUAUUUUGGCUAUCGUCAUUUGCGAAUGGGCGUACCUCCGCAAGGAACGCGACGAUCAACUCUGCUUCGGAGUACGUCUUCCUGCUUGGAUUAGAAGCGCGUAUUGCGCCUUAGUCUCCUUCAGUCUUGGAGUCUGCUUCACCGAACUUACGGCUAACGUGGCCAAAAACACCAUUGGAAGACCACGACCACAUUUCUUUGAUCUGUGCAAGCCAUCAAUAAACUGCAGCGCCCCGGAAUGGCAACACCGCUACAUCCAAUCCGAAGACUACCACUGCACCAGCAACCACCCCAUGCUGACGAAGAACAUGAGGAUGUCCUUCUUGAGCGGCCACUCCGCCUGGGCCGCCUUCACCAUGGUCUACUUGGCACUGUACCUGGAGAAGCGCAUGGUCUGGAGAGGCUCACGAGUGCUCCGGCACACGCUGCAGUUCUGCGCGGUCAUGCUGAGCUGGUUCACGGCUCUGUCCAGGGUGUCAGACUACAAGCACCACUGGAGUGAUGUCCUCGCUGGCUACUUUAUGGGACUCGCUUUUGCCGUCAUUGUUUGGAUCUGGGGAACAGACUUGAUAGAAAAGAAGAAAAAUCACGCGCCUUUGCCUCAGAAUGACGUGGCCCUUACAAUACACCCGGAAACAUUGUCAUAACUUAAUUCAUAUUUAAGUUAUUAUAUACCUACUAAUAAUAUAAAAAAAUAUUAUUAUAAGUUAGAAGAUAAGAUUAGUUGUCAGUUAGAUUGUUAAUUAAGAUAUGUUGUGUUGUUACAAAUACGAAAAUUCUUUGACUGAUAAAACAAUCCGUUAAUUUUAAAAUAUUUUUCGACAUCACACAAUUUUAAGUUGUGUAAUGACAUAAAUACCAUUGAAUUUUGAUUAAUCAAUAUCUAAAACGCAUGAAAACAAUGUUUGGAAUGAUUUAAAAUUACACUAAAAAAUUAAGUACGUAAAUCAGUCGCUACACUUGAGAUUAUAGUCAGAUAGUUCUACUUUUACUGUCAAGGCAUAUUCUGAGGGUAAAUUUAAACCAAGUAUACAAAUUUAUUUAAAGUUAAACACUGUAAAAGAGAAUGCCCAUUCUCGUUCCGCUCCCUAAAUACCGCGUAAAGACAUGAAAUAAAAUUAAAAAUCGUUUGAUCUAUUUCUAUUUAAGAACUAAAAAUUAUGCAUUGAUUCUAUACGGGGUCCUAUUUUUUAAGUAUUUGGAAAUAUCCUGUUUAGUUACAUUUACAAAGUGGGCAUUCUCCUUUUUCUUUCGACAAAGAUUAGGUAUAAUAAUGUUAAUUAAAAGAAAUGGUCCUAGUCGCCUGAAACAUGUUGUAUCAACAUGUUUGGUUUAAAUUUAACGCGCCUUAUUAAGAUUUAAAAAGGAAUGACGUGUGCUUAUUGCCAAAGUUGUAUUUUAUAUAUUAAAUAAAUGCAUGACCAAACUGCG